GCGGGGCGGGGCGGGGCUGGCGGGGCGGGGCGGGGCUGGCGGAUGAGUGAUCGCGUUCAGCGCGGUGGUCCCUGGCGUCCCCACUGCCCGCCACUGCCUGUGUUCGUCCGCCAGGUGGCCGGCGGUUUCCCGGGAGCCCAGUCCCCCUGAGGCCGUGAGGUGGCGUCGGGAGGUCGGGGAGGACGCGGGCCCUUGACUCGAGACGGCCGCCGCGUUGACGCCGCGACCCUGCCUUUGUUUCCGCCGGGCGCGGCUCCUCUGGGCGGAGCCGGCAACCGCGCGGGGAAAGCCCGGGACCUGCAGCCGGGAGGGCCCGGGCUGUCUGUGCUCCCCCGCAGGCCGGGCAGUGGUGUGGGGGGACUCGAGCCCUCGCGGUGCCCAAAUUAAUCAAUAAUCUCGGACCCAGCAGGUCCGGCUUGCGCACUGAGCCUUCCUGCCCGGUCACCCUCGCAGGGGACCUCUCACCCCACGCGGAAGUCGCCCCCCAGCCGCACCCUCACAACCCGGAUCCACCCCCUCCCCAGCUGCACCCCGUCCCCAGCGGCACCCCCACACCCCAGAUCCAUCCCCUCCCCAGCUGCAACCCCUCCCCAGCGGCACCCCCACACCCCAGAGCCACCCCCUCCCCAGCUGCACCCCCUCCCCAGCGGCACCCCCACACCCCAGAUCCACCCCCUCCCCAGCUGCACCCACUCCCCAGCGGUACCCCCACACGCCGGAUCCACCCCCUCCCCAGCUGCACCCUCCUUCCCAGCUGCAUCCCCACACCCCAGAUCCACGCCCCGCCAGCGUCACCUCCCCUCCAGCCGUGCUUCUCCAGAAGGCAGCGCUGCCCCCAUCCGCGCCGCGCUGGGCCUGGCUCCUCUUGACCUGCUUGGAUUCGCCCCAUCUGGCUGCUGUUCUGGGUUCCGGGACAGCCACGUGAGGGCUGUUUACAGAGGGAAGGAGGUGGCUCCUAGCAGAUGACAGACGCUUCUCAAAAGACAGCUUUUCUUCCUGGAGAACAGACUUUUUCAGCAGGAUUUUCCUUUCAGUGAAACAUAAUUUGACUUGAAAGGAACCCAGGGAAAAGUGUCCCGCCAUGGAGGAAGAGAAAGAUGACGGCCCACAGGCUGACUUCUGCCUGGGCACCGCCCUGCACUCUUGGGGGCUGUGGUUCACAGAGGAAGGUUCACCGUCCACCAUGCUGACGGGGAUUGCGGUUGGAGCCCUCCUGGCCCUGGCCUUGGUUGGUGUCCUCAUCCUUUUCAUGUUCAGAAGGCUUAGCCAAUUUCGACAAGCACAGCCCACUCCUCAGUACCGGUUCCGGAAGAGAGACAAAGUGAUGUUUUACGGCCGGAAGAUCAUGAGGAAGGUGACCACGCUCCCCAACACCCUUGUGGAGAACACUGCCCUGCCCCGGCAGCGGGCCAGGAAGAGGACCAAGGUGCUGUCUUUGGCCAAGAGGAUUCUGCGUUUCAAGAAGGAAUACCCGGCCCUGCAGCCCAAGGAGCCCCCGCCCUCCCUGCUGGAGGCCGACCUCACGGAGUUUGACGUGAAGAAUUCUCACCUGCCAUCGGAAGUUCUGUACAUGCUGAAAAAUGUUCGGGUCCUGGGCCACUUCGAGAAGCCGCUGUUCCUGGAGCUUUGCAAACACAUCGUCUUUGUGCAGCUGCAGGAAGGGGAACACGUCUUCCAGCCCAGGGAGCCGGACCCCAGCAUCUGUGUGGUGCAGGACGGGCGGCUGGAGGUCUGCAUCCAGGACACUGAUGGCACCGAGGUGGUGGUGAAAGAGGUUCUGGCGGGAGACAGCGUCCACAGCCUGCUCAGCAUCCUGGACAUCAUCACCGGCCAUGCUGCACCUUACAAAACGGUCUCCGUCCGCGCGGCCAUCCCGUCCACCAUCCUCCGGCUUCCAGCUGCGGCUUUUCACGGAGUUUUUGAGAAAUAUCCGGAAACUCUGGUGAGGGUGGUGCAGAUCAUCAUGGUGCGGCUGCAGAGGGUGACCUUUCUGGCUCUGCACAACUACCUCGGCCUGACCACAGAGCUCUUCAACCCUGAGAGCCAGGCCAUCCCUCUCGUGUCUGUAGCCAGCGUGGCUGCCGGGAAGGCCAAGAAGCAGGUGUUCUAUGGCGAAGAAGAGCGGCUUAAAAAGCCACCGCGGCUCCAGGAGUCCUGUGACUCAGAUCACGGGGGCGGCCGCCCGGUAGCUGCUGGGCCCCUGCUGAAGAGGAGCCACUCCGUCCCUGCGCCUUCCAUUCGCAAAGAGAUCUUGGACGAGCUGGAGAAGCCCGGGGCAGGUGACCCUGACCCUUCGGCCCCACAAGGGGGCGCAGGCAGUGCCACUUCUGAUCUGGGGAUGGCAUGUGACCGUGCCAGGGUCUUCCUGCACUCGGACGAGCACCCCGGGAGCUCCGUGGCCAGCAAGUCCAGGAAAAGCAUGAUGGUUGCAGAGAUACCCUCCACGGUCUCCCACCACUCAGAGAGUCACACGGAUGAGACCCUGGCCAGCAGGAAGUCGGAUGCCAUCUUCAGAGCUGCCAAGAAGGACCUGCUCACCCUGAUGAAGCUGGAAGACUCAUCUCUAUUGGAUGGCCGGGUGGCGCUUCUGCACGUUCCUGCAGGCAUGGUGGUGUCAAGGCAGGGAGACCAGGAUGCCAGCAUCCUGUUCGUGGUCUCGGGGCUGCUGCACGUAUACCAGCGGAAGAUUGGCAGCCAGGAAGACAGCUGCUUGUUCCUCACGCGCCCCGGGGAGAUGGUGGGCCAGCUGGCCGUGCUCACCGGGGAGCCUCUCAUCUUCACCAUCAAGGCCAACAGGGACUGCAGCUUCCUGUCCAUCUCCAAGGCCCACUUCUAUGAAAUCAUGCGGAAGCAGCCGACCGUCGUCCUGGGUGUGGCGCACACUGUGGUGAAGAGGAUGUCGUCCUUCGUGCGGCAAAUCGACUUUGCCCUGGACUGGGUGGAGGUGGAGGCCGGGCGAGCAAUAUACAGGCAGGGGGACAAGUCCGACUGCACGUACAUCAUGCUCAGCGGCCGGCUGCGCUCUGUGAUCCGGAAGGAUGACGGGAAGAAGCGCCUGGCCGGGGAGUACGGCCGAGGAGACCUCGUCGGCGUGGUGGAGACACUGACCCACCAGGCCCGGGCGACCACGGUGCAUGCCGUUCGGGACUCAGAAUUGGCCAAGCUGCCGGCAGGAGCCCUCACGUCCAUCAAGCGCAGGUACCCACAGGUGGUGACUCGGCUGAUUCAUCUCUUGGGUGAGAAGAUCCUGGGCAGCCUCCAGCAGGGACCUGUGACAGGCCACCAGCUUGGGCUCCCCACAGAGGGCAGCAAGUGGGACUCGGGGAACCCGGCUGUCAACCUGUCCACGGUGGCAGUGAUGCCCGUGUCAGAGGAAGUGCCCCUCACCGCCUUCGCCCUGGAGCUGGAGCACGCCCUCAGCGCCAUCGGCCCGACCCUGCUGCUGACCAGUGACAACAUAAAACGGCGCCUCGGCUCCGCUGCCCUGGACAGUGUUCACGAGUACCGGCUGUCCAGCUGGCUGGGGCAGCAGGAGGACACCCACAGGAUCGUGCUCUACCAGGCAGAUGGCACGCUCACACCCUGGACCCAGCGCUGCGUGCGCCAGGCCGACUGCAUCCUCAUCGUGGGCCUGGGUGACCAGGAGCCCACAGUGGGCGAGCUGGAGCGGAUGCUGGAGAGCACAGCUGUGCGUGCCCAGAAGCAGCUGAUCCUGCUGCACAGGGAGGAGGGCCCGGCACCAGCCCGCACCGUGGAGUGGCUCAACAUGCGGAGCUGGUGCUCCGGCCACCUGCACCUCUGCUGCCCACGCCGCGUCUUCUCCAGGAGGAGCCUGCCCCAGCUGGUGGAGAUGUACAAGCGUGUCUUCCAGCGGCCCCCGGACCGACACUCAGACUUCUCCCGCCUGGCAAGGGUGCUGACGGGCAACGCCAUUGCCCUGGUGCUUGGGGGAGGGGGAGCAAGAGGCUGUGCCCAGGUGGGCAUUCUCAAGGCCUUGGCGGAGUGCGGCAUCCCUGUGGACAUGGUAGGAGGCACGUCCAUCGGGGCCUUCAUGGGUGCCCUGUACUCUGAGGAGCGGAACUACAGCCAGAUGCGGAUCCGGGCCAAGCACUGGGCCGAGGGCAUGACGUCCAUGAUGAAGGCCGCGCUGGACCUCACCUACCCCAUCACAUCCAUGUUCUCCGGAGCCGGCUUCAACAGCAGCAUCUUCAGCGUCUUCAAGGACCGGCAGAUCGAGGACCUGUGGAUUCCUUAUUUCGCCAUCACCACCGACAUCACAGCCUCGGCCAUGCGGGUCCACACCGACGGCUCCCUGUGGCGGUACGUGCGUGCCAGCAUGUCCCUGUCCGGUUACAUGCCCCCUCUCUGUGACCCCAAGGACGGACACCUGCUGAUGGACGGGGGCUACAUCAACAACCUCCCAGCGGAUGUGGCCCGGUCCAUGGGGGCAAAAGUGGUGAUCGCCAUUGACGUGGGCAGCCGAGAUGAGACGGACCUCACCAACUAUGGGGAUGCGCUGUCUGGGUGGUGGCUGCUGUGGAAACGCUGGAACCCCUUGGCCACGAAAGUCAAGGUGUUGAACAUGGCAGAGAUUCAGGCGCGCCUGGCCUACGUGUGUUGCGUGCGGCAGCUGGAGGUGGUGAAGAGCAGUGACUACUGCGAGUACCUGCGCCCCCCCAUCGACAGCUACGGCACCCUGGACUUCGGCAAGUUCAACGAGAUCUGCGAAGUGGGCUACCAGCACGGGCGCAUGGUGUUUGACAUCUGGGGCCGCAGCGGCGUGCUGGAGAAGAUGCUGCGUGACCAGCAGGGGCCGAGCAAGAAGCCCACGAGUGCGGUCCUCACCUGUCCCAACGCCUCCUUCACGGACCUUGCCGAAAUUGUGUCUCGCAUUGAGCCCGCCAAGCCCGCCAUGGUGGAUGGUGAGUGGAGGCGCAAGACGAAGCCGUGGAGACGUGCGUGGCCUCCUGAUGCUGUGUUGGGCUUGAACCCCCCACCCCAGAGGCCCACGGCCUCCCCUCCUGCCCACAUCCACGCCCAGGCUCCAGCAGCUGGGGUGCUUGGUGGCACUCCUCCGUCCCAGGCACCACGUGUCCCCACAGCAGUGGGACUGUGACCACCCCGGGUCACCCAGUCCCUGCCCUUCAUUCACCUCAACUCCCAGCCACACCUCAGGCCUGAGGUAGAACCACGUUUUGCCUCCCACCCCACCCCACCCCACCCAGUGGGAAAUGGGAAUGAAGGCUGCUUGUUGGAGGGGCCGCAGGGCAAGAAGGGCGGGUCCACUACCCUCCAUGCUCCAUCCAGGGCCCUGCGCUUGGGCCUUCAGCCAGUGGCCUCCUCACAGCAGAACUGGACAUUCUCCUGGGAGACGUCUUCAUGGCUGCCGCAGGCCGAGAGGGCCCUGGGCAAGGCAGCCCCUAUCCACAGUUGCCAGGUCUGGGGUGCUGGAGCCCUCAGGGUGCUUGGCUGACAAGGGGAGGAGUGUCUGCCCGCUCCUUGUCCUUGUGGAAGACGCACCAAGUGAUGUGCUGGGGCAAGGCUGGAGCCAGACAGAACCAGGGGUGGUGUGCAGGGCUGCCCUGGGACCAGGUGGCUGCGUGUAGGGCCCCGGGCCACCUUGGAGGCGAGGGUGGGCAUCUGUGGCCGGUUCUGCCUCUGAGUGUGGCUAUGCUGGGCAUGGUCCCUUCCUUGGGAGGGGACUGAUGCAGCCCUACCCUCGGCGCCAGACGAAUCUGACUACCAGACGGAGUAUGAGGAGGAGCUGCUGGACGUCCCCAGGGAUGCCUACGCAGACUUCCAGAGCACCUCAGCCCAGCGGGGCUCAGACUCGGUGAGGAGCUGGGCGUGGUCCCACCUGGUGCCCACAGCUGAGCCUUGGUGCCUGGCCCUGAGCCGGCCACUCCCUCCCUGUGGUCCCACCGGGUUACCAGCACUGCAGAGCCCCUGCCCUGCCUGGUCCUCACCUGGAACAUGCGGUCUGCUUGCAGGAGGACGAGUCCUCGCUGCGGCAUCGACACCCCGGCCUGGCUUUCCCAAAACUGUCUGAGGGCUCCUCUGACCAGGACGGGUAGAGGCCUCUGCUAAAGAGCCCAGAUGCAGCGUCUUCCGUGGGACUGUCCCCAUGGCUGAGGCUCCUGCCAAGUCCUAGGGGCCUCUGUACCUGCCCUGCUGGAAGCCCUGACUUCCCCGGGGCCCCAGGCUGUGUUAGGGUUCUCUGGGCUCUUCUUUGUACCAGCAGCCCUGCAUACAGGGCCCUGUGAGCACCCCCGCAGUGCUGUGAGGCCCCUGAAGCCCUGUGAGCCCCUCUGAAACGUCUAUGAGCCCCCCUGCAGUCCUGUGAGGCCCCUGCAGUCCUGUGAGGCCCCUGAAGCUCUGUGAGGCCCCUGAAGCCCUGUGAACCCCCUGCAGCCCUGUGAGCCUCCCUGCUGCCCUGUGAACCCCCCUGCAGCCCUGUGAGGCCCCCAAAGCCCUGUGAAGCCCCCCGAAGCCCUGUGAGGCCGCCCGAAGCCCUGUGAACCACCUGCUGCCCUGUGAGGCCCCCAAAGCCCUGUGAACUGCCUGCUGCCCUGUGAGGUGUGGGAGCCCUGAUGCUGCCGUGUGAUGUUUCAAUAAAGGUGGAUCUCACUGUU